CGAUGAUGCAGUCAGUGCGUGUGAAUGAGGUUUGAAGAUAAACAGCGAAAAUUCACUUGAUUUCCUCAGUACAUUGAGGAAAAUGACACGGCUCUGUCUCUGUGAGAUGUGCAGCUGCGGCCGUCACCGAUGCCCACACCAGCCCACGACACUUUACACAAAAGGGAGUCAGACUAAUGUGUUGACGGAGUACACCGAAAAGUACCCUGCCUAUAAAGGUCACACCCAUCCCAAGAGCCUCAAGCCCCAACAGGUGUAUAAAACUCACCAAGACAUGAUGGAAGGAACUACUACCUUCAGGACGGACUAUAUUCCAUAUCAGGUCACUAGUCGCCCUGAGAGGCCGCAGGCCGAGUACAAGCCCAAGCCUGGAGAGAUUGACCUAGGAACGACCUAUAAACAAGAUUUCAAUCUAUAUGAAGUGCAACCAUUUGUGCCUUCGCGCCCUAAAGAAAGAGACCAUACCAUGAAUGCAAAACUGGACACUGUGCCCACCUAUAAAGAGGAUUUUCGUCACUGGGAAAUCAGCAGACGAGAAUUAACUAAACCUGAUAUGACGUAUCACCCCCCUGAUGCAAAAUUUGGAAAUUCCACAACAUUCCAGGAUGAUUUCAUUCGCAAAGUCAUUGUGCCACGUGAGAGCUACAAGCCCCUUAAAGUAGCUAAGCUAUUCAAUGCUCCCUUUGAAAACGUAACCAGCAACAAGCUCUCAUAUGUACCACAUCAUGUGGAAGCCAGAUAUGUGAAACCACCAGAAGAGUACAAACCCAGCGGCCAUCCUUUCCAAGACCUCACCACCCACCGACAAGACUACCUAGGCCUGCCUGGACAACUACCUAAAAGCUGCAAACCUGAGCAACUCAAGUUGGUCUCCAACAUGCCCUUCCAGAGCAACACGGAAUUCCGUGAAAGUUUCCAGCAGUGGCCCGUCUCCCUCCCACAGGUCCACAAGUCAGUGGAGUACAUGAGUCCCACAACGCACAUGGACCUGACUACCACCUCGCAUACCGAUUACAUCAAGCAUCAAAUCCAGCCCUUUGUUGCUGCCAAACCCUUCUCGCUCCCCACAAAGUCUUCUGGGUCUUUCCAGGGCAACACCACCAUGAGAGAUGACUUCCAGCCAUGGGUGGCGCAACGUCAAGGUAUGAUCCGGAAGCAAGAGGAAAUCCAACGUUCCAGUGGGAAAAUGGAGGAUCUGACCACCUUCAAAGCCCAUUUCAUCCAGCACGAACCACAGCCCACACUCAGCUUCAAGCCCCAUAAUGCACAACUGUGGACCAACGAUCCACUAGAGAACGAGACCAUGUACCACACAGAGUUCACGCCCAAGAGGAUCAGCAUGUGUCCGGCCAGUUUCGAGUCUCCACCAGGGUACGUUUUCGAUAACUGCGAUGAUCAAGGGCACCUAUUCUUCUACAAGAUGACGUCCGCUGAUAGGAUUGAGAGUCCUAAAGCAAUGGCCUUGACAGCUUAAGAAAAUCAUCAUGCUGAGUUUCUAUAAAAGGUGCCUCAAGCUAACAUACAAACCAAUCUCUCUGAAUUAUUCUUAUCCUACAGGAAAUUUUACUGAAUCAAGACAUGUAGAAUGGGUCAAUGAAUCAACCCAACUAUCUUUCAUAAAAAAAAAUGAUUGUGUGCAUCUCAAAAUUGUUAGUAAUUCAAACUAUUUCUAAACAGUUUUAGAUUUUCUGUAAAAUGAAAUUGUGGCAUACUUAAGUAGAAUAUAAAUAUGCAGAGCAAGAUCUAUUACUACAAUAUGGCUUUGUUCAGUCAGGUAGCAAAAAUCAGAUUUUUUGGUACUUCCAACUCGGAUCCGUAAUUUGUUUGUAGCCUGAACAGCACAAAUACGCACUGAAUGCAAUUUUUACAAACCCAAUCCAAAUCACAUAGAAACGUGGGUUGAAAUCCAAUUUUUUUUUUUUUUUUUUUUGUUAUGCAUUUAAGUCUGAAUGCAGAUUAGAUUGUUUUCUUUCUUUCGUCAUUUGGGAUGCAACACGACAGCAUACAAAAAGUGCAGUAGUGUUCACGGCUGUGUGUGAAUUCACUCAUUUACACACAUGGGCCUUCACUAUGUAAUAAAUGGGGAAUUAGUGAAUGACACAGAAUAUGCAUAAAAGUGUAAAUACGGUAAUGCCAACAUAUGUUGUUUUAAGCAUCUCAUGAGUUCAGCGCACCGGUGAGAUGUCAUAUAUAGGCAUGAACGCAAUGUAAUAAAUGGACAUUAUUGUCAAAAUGACAGUGCGGACAGUCGAUCCUAAAGAUUGAAUUUGACAAACAAAUUGGAAUUUGGUGCAGUGUGAACAAACCUAUGUAAAUUAAUAAAUCUGUCACUGAUUCAUACUUUUUAACUUAAAGUUAAAUCAAGCAUAUUUAAAGAAAAUAGCUAACCACAUACAGCAUGCGAUGUACUAACAUUUGACACAAUUGUACAAUCUCAAUGUAAAAGAAAAUUAUCAAGACAAAUAAAAGCAAUAAUUAUUAAGAUAUAUACACUGAUUGGCAAAACUGUGUUUAUUGUAUUUGUAUCACAUAGAGAUUUUUUUUGUUGUUGUUUUUCUGUAUUUACGUGAAUAGUACCAAACUGGCAUUUCUUCAACCAAGUCACGUAGUGAUGCUUUCUCUGCGUAGCAAGAAAAAUGCAAUGGAUUAAAUUCAUACAUAUCAAUAUGGCAGAUUAUCUGCAUUUAUGUGGGUGGCUAUAACAACACUGAUGUAAUUAAAAUGCAUGCAUAUAAAGCCAGUAGGAAACCAUUAUAUUACAAAUAUGGAUAAUCCACAUCAAGUGCUAUACUGUAUGCAUGUAGGUUUCUGUUGAUUUUAAUCUUAAAUAUGGAUUAUAAAGACACACUAAACCAAGAGGUAAGAAAAUAAAAUCCAAACUUUACACUCAAUAUACAAUAUUGCACUUAAAAACACAUUAUAUACAAGACAUAUUUUACAAUGCAGCACAUUGGUUGAACACAAAACGUACAUCUACAAAACAGCUGAAGAAGUUACUUUUCAUUGGGGUGCAUGUCAUUUCAUUCAACUAGUUUUUGUCUUAUAUGGUGGCCGUGAAGUGCAAAACAAAACAACAAAUCUAAAAACACAACGGCAAAUUCAAAGGCAAAAUAACAAUUCAGAAACACGUCAACAAAUCAUAAAACACUACGGAAAAUCUGAGAACAAAAGAGCAAAUCAGAAAACACAACACCAAACACAGAAACAAAACAACAAGUUAGAAAACACAACAGCACAUCAGAAAACAGCAGCAAUUCAGCGGUAGGUUCCAUAGCUUUCACCUGAUUGGCUGUGUGAAUGAGACCUAGUCCUUUCUUUAGGACUGGUUCACUUGUUAUAUCAAAAUCCAUGCCAAAAUUUCACUGACUGAAAAACUAAAUCAUUUGGAGUGUUUUCUCUCUUGGGAAAACAGUAACAGAAAACUUUAUAACACAGAAAGUAAAAACAGCGAGUGGGAAAAGUUUGUUUUUGGUACGAUGUACAUCUAUGGUCUUAGUUCAUCUAGUGCGUAAGAGACCAUCUUAAAGUCCACAACCUGGACUAAAACGUUGGUGACGUCCAAACGUUCAUUCAGUUUGCAUGUUCUAACUUAAAAAUAAAUAAAUAAUUGAAUAGAUUAUAUGUAUAAUUCCACAUCCUGGGAAAAUCUCACUUAGAGUAAAUCAGCAUAUCUAAUAGCAGCCUUCUACAACCUUUACAAUAUCAAAAUAAUAUCUUGGUAAAAUUUCAGUUUUUUUUUUUUUUUUUUUUUCUAUAAUAAUUGAA